CACACUUGCAAAGCUCCUCACCUGUCUCCUCCGUGCUUGGUGGUCCUCAGAGAGCUCACCAGAGAAGAAGAAAUGGCUGUCAGCCACCUCCCAGCCCUGGUCCAGGACUUGGUGACCUUCAAGGAUGUGGCUGUGCUCUUCACCCAGGAGGAGUGGAGACGGCUGAGCUCUGCCCAGAGGGCCCUGUACAGGGAUGUGAUGUCAGAGAACUACAGCAACCUGGUCUCACUGGGACUCUCAGGAUCCAAACCAGAUGUAUUUUUUCAUCUGGAAAAGGCAGACAAAUGCAUGUCAGAGGACGCUCCAGAAGGCUUUGUUCUUGACUGGAUUACAAUGACCACGAGUAAGAAAUUUCUCAGGGCAGAUAUUCCUAAAAAAGAAUCAGAUCAGUGGAUAAUGAAGGAGAGAAUCACCAGAGGGACUCACUGGGAAUGUGCUAACCUGUUAGACUGGCAGUACCAGGAAGGUCAGGAGGUCAGGUUGCGGCAAGUGGUCCUCACCCAACAGUGCACUCCAUCAAUGCUUAGUGGGCAGAAAGUCGAGGCCGCUGAGGUCUGUACAGGGAGCUCAUUACCCAUUCAAAGUCAGCAAUCUCAAGCAAGCAAAAAAGCUUUGGAAUGCAGUGAGUGUGGAAAAGCCUUCUCUAAGCGUUCCACCCUUAAGAAACAUCAGAAAAUUCAUACUGAAAAACUCAACACAAGUCAGAAAAUGCCUAUUAAAGACAAGCGCUAUGAAUGUAGAGAAUGUGGGAAAGCCUUUCACCAGAGUACACACCUUAUCCAUCACCAAAGAAUUCACACUGGUGAGAAACCAUAUGAAUGUAAGGACUGUGGCAAGGCCUUCUCCGUGAGCUCUUCACUUACCUACCACCAGAAAAUCCAUACUGGAGAAAAGCCUUUUGAAUGCAACGUCUGCGGAAAAGCCUUUAUCCGGAACAUACAUCUCUCCCACCAUCAUAGAAUACAUACUGGAGAGAAACCUUUCCAAUGUAACAUUUGUGACAAAGCUUUCGUUUGCAGAGCACAUCUUACCAAACACCAGAACAUUCACAGUGGUGAGAAACCCUAUAAAUGUAAUGAAUGUGGGAAAGCCUUCAAUCAGAGUACAAGUUUUCUUCAGCACCAGAGAAUACAUACUGGAGAGAAACCCUUUGAAUGCAGUGAAUGUGGAAAAGCCUUCAGGGUGAACUCUUCCCUUACUGAACACCAGAGAAUUCACACUGGGGAGAAACCAUAUAAAUGUAGUGAAUGUGGCAAAGCAUUCAGGGACAAUUCAUCUUUUGCGAGACAUCGGAAAAUUCACACUGGAGAAAAACCUUACAGAUGUGGCUUGUGUGAGAAAGCUUUCAGGGACCAGUCAGCCCUGGCACAGCAUCAGAGGAUUCAUACUGGAGAGAAGCCGUACAUGUGUAACAUCUGUGAGAAAGCUUUCAGUGACCAUUCAGCCCUUACCCAACAUAAGAGAAUUCAUACAAGAGAGAAACCAUACAAAUGUAAAAUCUGUGGGAAAGCCUUUAUACGAAGCACACACCUCACUCAGCAUCAGAGGAUUCACACAGGAGAGAAACCUUAUAAAUGUAACAAAUGUGGGAAAGCCUUCAACCAGACUGCAAACCUCAUCCAGCAUCAGAGGCAUCAUAUUGGAGAAAAAUGAUAUGUAUGAAUGCCGCUCAUAUGGAAGUACUGUGGGACUGAUGUCAUUAAUUAUUGAAUAUAAGAGAAAACAUAAAGAAUCACAAUGGAGUCUUUUAUUAGGAUGGUUGUAUUUGCUAGGAGCCAAGUUUCACGGUGCCGUGGGUUUUGAGACUGUUAAGGAUGGCAAACACACCUUUCUCUUUAGUACUGCUAUUAGUUGUACUGAUAGUAGUACUUUUUUUAAAUUGGCCUGAAUUACCAAGUAUUAGAACCAAAAUGAAACUUCAUUAAAAGUAUAAAUGUCAGUUUAUCAAAUUUGCAAUUUGUUAAGAUAAUUAUAAAAUUAUAAAAAUUAAGAGUGAGAAGCAAAUGAAAAGUAAGAAAAUGGUGAAUUUUAUUCUAGAUUUUCUUCUAUAAGAAAGUUGCCAUUUUUAACAGAACCCUUUGUCUCCCCUCACCCACAUCCCGGAUGCCUAGUUUAGAGAAGUUGCUGUCAGUCACCCAUGCAUGAGUCAAGAAUCAUUUAAAUCAUGCUUCUCAUGGUUCUGCUUCUGUUUCAGCCACUUUUUGUCAAAUCUCCUGGUUUACCUGUCCACUUGCUUCUUACAUGUGUUCUCCUGGGAAGGUUCACUUGAAUCGUGUGACCUUCUUCUGACUUAGCUCUAUUAUUACUGUGUUCCUUGUUAUCACCACCAUGGACCUCAUUCAUAAUGCAAAUCUGAAUUGCAAAAUCGGUAGAUGUCCAUGAUACUCGAUUUCACACCUAAAUCUAGCUUUCAGAACUCAAAGUCUCUUUCUGGAGGUAAAGAGUCAUCAAAGGUAUUGUAUCACUCGGUUGUACAAGACCUCAGCUAACUACGAUACUGGUAAUACCUAAAUACGGGCUUUUCCCUGGUAGCCAUUACCCUCUAGCCAUUCCAAACCAUAGUAAAGUUACACUGUCCACAGGAGUCAGGGGCUUGAUCAAUUUCAUGUGGGAUAGUCCCUACCAUCUAGUUGUCGUUGGUAUUCCUGGCCACUUCCACUUUUGUGACUUGUCAUCUCCCCAUAUACAGCUGACAAGAGACAAGGGCUCUAAGGCCAGUGUUCAGGUGCUCUGACCCAUGACUUGUUCCUGGUCAGUCUUCUAUAGCUACUGAAUUAGAGUGUAUCUGCCAAUCUGCCACUCCCAUAUUAUUGAACUGCGCAUC